AUGGCAGCUCCAAAUAUUCGCCAUGCUUUGGUUCUAGGUGCGUCAGGGAUAUCUGGUUGGUCUUUUAUCAACCAGCUUCUACAAGGCUAUCCACGACCUAGCACAUGGAAACGCAUUACAGGAGUGACCAGGAAGCCUAUGAGCAAGGAAGAAAUUUCAUAUUGGCCUCAAACAUGUGAAGAUGCGGCUUUUCAUAUUGCAUCUGGCUUCGACAUCCAUAAUGAUUCGAAGGAACUUUUGAAAGACAAAUUUAAGAGAGAAAUUGUGGAUAUACACAGUGUGACACAUCUCUAUUACCUCGUGCAGGAUCCCCCAUCAAAGGAUAACGAUACUGAACCGUUCGCAACAUGUCUAAACUCGCUUCGGAAAACCGUGACGGUUAUAGAAAGCCUUGCCUCGAAUCUCGAAUUCAUCCAUCUCCAGUAUGGCACGUAUAUAUAUGGCGUAUGUUUCACCGAAGAGUUUUACCACACCGUGCCUCUUUCAGAAUCAUUGCCCCCAUUGCGCAAGCCACUAGUUGAUAGGCUUCAUUACCCAGUCUGGACAAAGUGGAUGAAUGAAUAUUCGGCAGACAAGUCAUGGAAAUGGUGUGAGACAAGGCCGGACGAAAUUAUAGGGUUUGUUCCGCGGAUAAACUCAUACAAUGCAAUCUACCCGGUAGCUAUGUUUUUAUCGUUGUAUAAAUUCAUCAAUGGGCAAGGCACGGUAUGUCCAUUCCCUGGAAGCUUCGGCACAUGGAAAGCCCUGUCGAACGACGCUGGGGCCGACAUGAUUGCCAAAGCCUCCAUUCAUUUGUCUCUGCAUCCCGAUCCGUCGAUUAAAGGAGAAGGGUUCAAUGUAGCCUCCUCAGAGACACCGUGGAGCUGGGAGAUGAAGUGGCCGGCUCUUUGUGAAUGGUUUGGGCUCGUUGGAGGACCGCCAGUGGAUAACGAGAAAAGCAAGACGUCAUCACCCGGGCCCGACAGAUAUAUUCAGUCACACGAGGUGGAAUAUAAGAAUAUGAUACAGGAGUAUGAUCUAAAGGCGUGGGAUAUUGUUUCUCCAUCGAUGGAUGGUUCAGAGAACUGGGGGCUGACCAAACUGAAUUUCGACCGACAGCUCGACCUUCAAAAGUUAAGAUCCACGGGCUUCGUUGAUGAUGAGAGCCCUCAAGAUACGUGGGUUGGUGUUCUGGAAUUGAUGAAGAAGGUGAGGAUCAUCCCAUGA